AUGAGGCGAAGAGUAUCACAGCUCUUGCGUAUACGUGAUCGCCCUCCGCCCACCCCUCCACCUCAGACCGAGCCAUGGUAUCGGCCCAGUAACGCUGACAUGCAUUGGUGCCUCCGUCUUCCAGAGACGCUUGGGCUUAUCUUCGACUUCGUUGAGGACCGGGACACCCUGUUAUCUUUGGCACGCGUGUGUACUCAGUUCGUAGUGAUGGCCACCGACAGACUCCCUCAGCAUCUGAGCAAUAUCUACGAGCUCCUGAUGGCUCUACCACACGACCUAUGGGAGCUGAAGGUUCUCCGCGACAAGAGUGUCAACAAGAGAUGGGAUUACCUCCUGCCAUGGGUUAUUACUUUUGUCCGCGAAGUGACACCAGAGGAAUGGAAGAUUUUGCUUGUCAAGACCGCCAGAGUCAAAACCAUCGGCGUACGCAGCAACAGACUAGAUUAUCCAAGCAAUACAACUUCAACCGACCAUGAUACUCAGGAUCCACGCGUAUUCCGAGGGAGGAUCCUUGAGCCGGAUACCACAGUCGUGGAAGCGCUCUCCAAGUGUCCCGCUGAUAUCCUCUUCCCAAACCUUCGAUGUCUCCGAGGCCAAAUACCGGGGUCGCUCAUACCCAAAGUCUUGUCGCCUAGUCUACGUCAUCUUCAAAUCUGCACGCUGGAGGCCGGGCGCGGGGACAUAUGGUAUAACCGCAUCCCCACUGCGGCAGAAUGCUGUCCGGAGCUUCGCUCUUUCGUGGUGGUGUGGGACAACGACUAUCUCCUCAUUGACAGUGUGGCCGAUCGCUGUCGCUUGGUUCCACACUUCGUUUCGCAAUGGGAUCAUCUCCAAAGCUACACAGGGCCGGCAGACGAGCAAAUCCUUUACCACUUCAGUCGUCUUCCAGAGCUCGAAAGUUUGGCAGUAUGGCUAGACUUGGAGCGCAGUGUCCGUCCAGCCGGUGCUACAACCGGUAACAGGCUUAGAAAGCUGCGCUCCCUCCGCUGCCUCACCAGCUCCUUGGAGCACAUUGUCAAAGCACUCGAGAUCCUCUUUGGCACCGAAGCCCCUCCUACAUCUCAGUACACACGUCCGGCUCUACAACGUUUCUGCGCUCAGGGCUUUCAUCUCAGGGAGUCUGUAUCAGCGACUGUGAGCGCUAUUGCGAACUAUGUUGCACUCGACGCGCUUGAAUCAUUCAGAGUCCUUAACCACACAUGUCCUCUCUUUGCAGACACUGCGUCGGUUUACGAACUUCUGCGUCCGCUAUCCAUGUUUCCAAGCCUCACGGAUGUAUACUUUCCCUACGUCACGCAUCACCCAGUAUCUUAUGGCCGCCUCACGGCCCCGCAGUUGCUGGACCUCGCCAGAGCCUGGCCCAAUCUUCGCGAGCUUGAGGUCGCCCACCCCGGCGUCGAGUUUACUGUUCUCGAGGUUGCCGCGCUGCGAAGAUAUUGUCCUCAGCUACAGCGCGUGCCAUCGGCGUCUAUUCGCACGGAUAAGCAUGAUCUUGCAGCGAUAGCUGCCGAUCCCGGAGUGCUGGAGCGUGCAGGAUUGGCAUAACCACUAUUCGAGACUUGGCUGACCUUGGCGCGAUGUUAUGUAUGCUCGUAUACAUCUACUCAUUAUCAUAACUGACAUUUCUGCUCAAUGUUACACUCUUAGCCUCAUUUCUCUUCGUUGUUCCUAUACUACGAGUCUGUCUACAGCUGAUUGAAAAGAGCAAGCCAUGUUGCAUCUCGUUGACGACUCAUAUCAUGAAGCUUUGGGCCAGUUUUCGUUCGCUGUAGAGCACUGUAUUAAUUCCCUUUCCUGUUUUCGUUUCAAGUCCCGCACUGUCCGGUGUCUAUCUGACCGAC